AUACUUUUUAUGUCGUUAUUUCCUAUAGAAAAUGUCGAAAAGUAAAACAAAUGCUGUGUGGGAGGACAGAGAGGUCCUAUUCGAUCUCCCUUUUUCGUACCUUAAAUUGAGACCCGGCGAAAAGAUAUUUGACAGAAUCGAACCUAUAGAAGACACGAAAGGCAACAGUGGCACUAAAGGAAGAAUGGUGGUCACCAAUCUAAGGAUUAUAUGGCAUUCAUUGGCUUCGCCUAGAAUCAAUCUGUCUAUUGGUUUAAACUGCAUAUUGUCGACGACCACAAAAAUUGUGAACUCAGGAUUGAGAGGCACUACUCAAGCAUUGUACGCGCUGGCCGCAUACAAGAUGAGCCGUUACGAAUUCAUAUUCACGAAUCUCUCGCCGAAUUCUGUUAGACAUUAUACAUCUGUCGUCGGGGUGCAUAAGGCAUAUGCUAAUUCUAGAAUGUACCGGAACCUGAAACUUCGGGGCGCGAUUGUGCACAACAAACAACUGCGCAUGUUGCCUCUCGAGAAGAUCAAUCUCAACGAGCACAGCAUCUGGAACUUGUCGACUGACUCCGGCAACCUGGGCACCAUGGUGGUGACCAACGUGCGUGUGGUGUGGUACGCAGACGUCAACGACGCCUUCAACGUCUCCAUGCCCUACAUCACCAUAGAGACCAUAUCAGUUCGUGACUCAAAAUUCGGUGAAGCACUAGUGUUCGUCAUUCGGCAGUUUUCUGGAGGUUACGUGUUGGGCUUCAGAGCAGACCCUCCUGACAGGCUUCGACCACUGUUGGCAGAACUGCAGGCUUUGCACCAAGCGUACACCGAAAGACCUAUAUUUGGACUUGAGAUAACUUGGGACCAUGAGAUCCCGAAAUCGACAACAGAUGAUAUAGAAGAAUUAGAAGAAAUCGGCGAACCUCGCGGUGAGAUGGGGCCAAAUCUAUAUUUGGCAUCGCAACUUGCUCAGACCAAACCAGAAGGAGAUAUUCAACUCGUGUAUAAUCCAUAUUUGGGUUUAGCUAUAGAACCUUUAAAAGAAGGGUUCACAUUAAAGAGCUUAUUCGAAGUUCAAACUACGUCGUAA